GUCAGUGUCGAAACAUUGAACUAAACAAGGCAUUUUCACAUGCGUAAUGCUCCAUCUGAGUGCAUAGCCCUGCAAAGAGAAUUUGUAGGAGUAACUGUGAUUUAAAAAAUACAGCAGAGUUUCUGUUUUGUGCUUUUCGCGUUUAAAUCCAGACUGACCCUUAAUUCAUAGUGUAGCCUACCACGCGCUUUACCCAGUCUACGAAUAGCAUGUCUGCGAAGCCAAGGGAGGAAACCGACUCUGAGGGGAGAUGGUUUGGGGAGGAUUUUGAGAAGAUGGAACGCGUUAGGAGUACCGUGCACCGAUUCGACGAGACGGAAGAUAGACAACAGUCAAAAAGCUGGGAGGACGAGACCUACGAGAAACAAUUUUACCAUCAACCUGCAAGCAAUCAGAAUCGGCCUCCCGUUACCAUGGAAACUGCAUCUACAGAGGGCUCAGACCUGCUGAGGAAAGCCGCUGGCGAGGGAGACCUGUACACCUCUCUUCUGUCCAAUCAGAGUCGCCCCUUCCCUCAGGGCUUCUCCGCGGACAGCAGGGGCGAGGCUCGAGACCCGAUCCCCGGCCUGGAGACGCGCGGCAUGUUCAGCUCCGACUCGGGCAUCGAGAUGACCCCGGGGGAGCCCGCGGACUUCACCCGGAACCUCCUGGAGUCAGAGAAGAUGGAGGCCUACAACUACAUGGACAUCAGCCACGGGGAGAAACCCCGCCCCCUGCAGCAGCAGCAGCAAGGAGGAGGGGCUCUGGGAAGCUGGGGGGAGGCGGGCGGGCCCGGGCUAGGCCAGUACAUGGAGAAGAACUCCGCCCCGGUGGUGGAGACCGUAGGCCCCGGCCUGGGCUCGCAGGCCUUCCCCUACGUGGAGGAGCCCUCGGACGAGGAGCCGUCCGACCGCCAGCCCGGCUCGAGGCAGGCCACGCCCCUGGCGGCCGGCCCUAUCAAGAUCACGCUGACGGAGACGGACGCGGAGAGCCCCGCCCCGCAGCACCCCGCGCCGGUCGCCGUGUCGGACAGGGACAGCAUCCUCAGCCUGGGCCUGCAGGGCAUCCCCACGGUCACCCUCUCUGAGCCCGAGGACGACAGCCCCGGGUCGUCGACCCCGCCCUUCACAGAGGAGUCUGACUCCCCAUCUGAGCCCCUGUUCCAGGCCACUGCGGUGGGAGCAGUCAGUUCAGUCCAGGAUCAGGUUUCAGUCAGUGGCAGCGCCCCCAAGCAGCCCAGCCCCCCGGCAGAGACGGGGGCUAAGCCCGCUAAGACCGAACCGUACGGCCCCCCCUCCAAGCCCUCCGUCAUCCACGACCAAGAUGGCAGCAGCGCCGAGUCGGGCGACUCCGAGAUCGAGCUGGUGUCGGAAGAGCCGUCGCCACGGCAGCAGCCGCCCAGCCCCGCCUACACCGUCCCCGCCCCUGCCCCUGCCGUGGCCCCGCCCCCCGCGCCCCCCGCCCCCUCCGUCCAGUACAGCAUCCUGCGCGAGGAGAGGGAGGCGGAGCUGGACAGCGAGCUCAUCAUCGAGUCCUUCGACGCCUCCUCCGCCUCGGAGGAGAGUCCCAAGAGGGCCCAGGAUUCCCCCGCCCAAAGAGGCCAGAGGGCGGGGUCCCGGCUGGCCGACGCCCCCGCCUCCGUCCCCGCCUCCCGGCCCGCCCCCUCGCCCCCGGCUCCGUCCGCCCCGGCCGGGGCGCAGAAGGAGAAGGUGCCCGCUGAGAAGGGUCCUGUGUCUGGCCGCGCGGGGGACGAUCCCGCGGUCAAACCCAAGCCCCCGCCGGCCGCGGUGGUGCCCCCGGAGGUGCGGAGGGAGCAGCCCACCCCCGAGGACAAGGGCGGGAAGAAGAGGCGGGCGAGCGAGGGGAGGCGGGACUCGGAGAAACGGGUCUUCCUGCAGGGCCUGGACAGACAGAAAGCUAUGGACCUGCUGUACUGGCGCGACCUGAAGCAGACGGGCCCGGCGUUCGGCAGCCUGAUGCUGCUGCUCUUCUCCCUGACGCAGUUCAGCGUGGUCAGCGUCGUCGCCUACCUCGCCCUCGCCGCGCUCUCCGCCACCAUCAGCUUCCGCGUCUACAAGUCCGUCCUGCAGGCCGUGCAGAAGACCGACGAGGGGCACCCCUUCAAGUCAUAUUUGGAUGUGGAGGUGUGCCUGUCCCAGGACCAGAUGCAGACGUACGCUGAAAAGGCCCAGCACUACAUCAACAGCAGCCUGAAGGAGCUGCGCAGGCUCUUCCUGGUGCAGGACCUGGUGGACUCUCUAAAGUUUGCAGUUCUGAUGUGGCUGCUGACCUACGUGGGUGCGCUCUUCAAUGGCCUGACCCUGCUCAUCCUGGCUGUGGUGUCCAUGUUCUCAGUACCUGUGGUCUAUGAGAAAUACCAGACGCAGAUUGACCAGUACCUGGGCCUGGUGAGGACCCACGUCGGCUGCGUCGUGGCCAAGAUCCAGGAGAAGAUCCCGGGCGUCAAGAGGAAGGAGGAGUAGGACGGGGGGCCCCGGCAGACAGGCUACGAGCCCCACGCAGGGAGAGCUGGAUGAUGGCUGGUGGUCCCCCACACGUCACCGGAGAGUAAUGCCGUUCGGUUAUCAGCACCGCGGGCGUCCUUUAAAAAAAAAAACAAACAAACAAACUAAAAAAAAAAAAAACAACAAUGCCACACAGCGCCGGAGAAGCCCCCCCGCCCCGCCUCGUUCCUGUCCCCUAUAACCGUAGAAUAAACUCGCCGAAUUCACCUUUGUUCUCGAGCACUACAGUCUAGUGAAGGAAGUUAAAGUAACAAAAAAUAAAUAAAUAAAUAAAAAAGAACUUAGAUGUGUUUAUUUUGUGUCGCUUAUCAAGUGCAUGGAGUCAAGAGUCUUGAGUAAGAAAAUACUAUUUGAUAUCUUUCUGAGUGUAGUUUUUUUUUUUUUUUUUCCUCUUUCUGCUACCUUUCUCAGCAGCGCGGAAGACUUUACUGUAAUUGUGUGGUGAAUUCUCCAGCUUCUAGUGAUCUGCAGUGAUAGUCUAGAGCUGCUUCUAGUCACUGGGUUUGCGAGUGGGGCUUCUCUCUUCCCAGUAUAACUGUAAACAUAUACAUAUACUCUGUAUAUAUAUGAAUAUCGACUAGAUUUCGUGGACUAAUGUUUCUUUUUUGUGUGUGCUCCAGCACAAAAUAAUUGAACAAUGUACUGGUUAGGUAUGCUAACAGCAGCGAUUUGAUUUUGUAUAACUAUAAGGUUCAACACAAACUCAUGUUUUUAGGUACUGUUAUCAACUGCUAAAGAACCGUCAAGGAAUCUCUCGUGAGUGACUGUCAGCCAGUUAAACCUGUGCUAUAUUCAGUGUAGUUCUUCUUAGUCCUGGACUUGACCAUUUGCACUGACUGUGUACUUAUUAAUGAAUGCAAAAAUAAAUGUUUCCAAAUGUA